AUGGAAGAGGACAGAUAUCAGUCGUUGAGCAAGGGUGUUUUCGUCAUCCCAUUUCAGCCUGAUAUAGAGGACAAUGAAGCAGGACCAUCUAGACCCCAUGUUAGACCGCUGAAGAAGCUUUAUGCUUCCGCACUUGAGCAUUACGAAAGAGCUUAUUCUGAAUACAACGAUGAGAGGACAUCAGAACAGCUUGAUGAUGUAUCAGAUUGGAUCGAAAGGUGUUCUGCUGAACCACUUUUGAAAAUGAAGAACCCCAUAUACAGGUUGGAAGUUGGUUUAUUGCAGAAUACAUCAUCAUCCCUGCCUUCUCUGUUACAUACCACUGGAGCUAGUACUUGCACGUUGCAUGGAAGGGAUGUGAAUGAUGUAAAUGCGGGAUUGAAAGCUAUAGCGAUAGGAUUUAUAGGGGAGACUAACGCACCAGCUAAGAAGACUGGAAGGACGGGUAUAGAAGAGAUUGAACGAUGGUACAAAGCCAGGAGAACUAAACCCCAGAUGUUAUUGCACAUACAAGAAGCUCAGUUGAUACCUUCGUCAGUACUAGGCGAACUGAUGCACAUCCUCUCAUUACAUCCUUCUCUACCUAUUCGACUUCUCCUCUCUGUCCCAUCGAUCACCCACUUCUUAUCCACGUGGACACCAUUAGAACCUAGCGCGAUAGCGAUAUCCAUCCUGUCUUCAUCGGGUGGUAAGAAGAGGAAUAACGGCGUGGAAGCUAUAUUACGGGCGAGUGACACCGCACCACUGAAGAUAUCGUAUGAGUUGGCAGAUGAGCUACGCUCAGAGGAAGCUAAAUCUGGAGGAGGACCUAUACUAGUAUUGAAAGCUGUUAAAUGGCUUCUAGUACAUCAUUCAGUCAAUUCACCUCUCUCGAGACUCGCAUCCACUGCGGAUCCAGAACAGCUAAAGAAGAUUCAGGCUUUGGUAAAUGCCGUGUCGGAAAGGCCUGAUGAUCCCGUUAUACCAGGUAGAAAUUUGUUCGAAAUCACAACGAACAAAGACCUAUCUUCCGUGUUGAACCCGGCACCGAGAACGUCUAUCCUUCAAGCCUUAUCAAAUUCCAACGAUUAUGUGACACCUGGUAUGGUAUCAGAAGAGAGGGAACGAUCGUUAUCCCCAUCACCUACGAAGGCGACCUCGAAGAAGCGCAAAUAUCCCACGAAGGGAGAUGACAGGUCGAGCAAACUCAAACGGGCAGAUACGGUUGAGGAUGACGAUGAACCAGGUGAAAAGGGUAAAGGAGAAGAACUGAAAGAAUUGCAGAUGUUGUAUGAAUUAUGGAGGAGUGCGGGUAAAUCGGUGAAUCUGUGGGAUUGGUUGGAAGGUUUCAGUGGAGUUAUGAGUGAACGAACACAGACCCAGCAGGAGAAGGAUGGUGCAGACGAUGAUGGGGAUGGGACAAAAAAAGGUGAGGAACGUGAUGAUGAAGUGGGACUGCAUGAUGAAGAGAAUGAAGCUCGUCUGCAUGCGAUCUUCAUCAGGUUUGUGGAAGAGGCUAGAAUGAUUGGAUUGAUCCGGGCGAGAGGGAAGGGUAGGAAGGCUGAUGAGGUGGUUAAAGGUAUUGGGUUUGUAUAG